GUGGGUGUGUCCACAGCCAAGGUGGGGCUCUGCAAUAAAUCCCAUCUCUCCCGCCCGCCCCAUUUCCUCCGCUCCACUUUCUCUGGGCUGUUGUUGUUGCUGCUGGGGCCCGCGUUGCAACCGGUUAGUGAGCGGCGAGCGCGGCAUGGCCCUGAGGAAGCAACUGGAAGAGGCGAAGAAGCGCAGCGCGGACUCCGGAGUAGAGCCGGAUCGGAGCCUUUUGAGCAAAGAGCAGCGGGACCAGCGCAUCAGUCUGUUUCUCCGGGAUUUCGACCAUCAGGCCAAGGAAAACCUGCACGACUUGAAGAAAGAGCUGGCUUCGCUGCUGCAGACGGCCGAGCAGGCCUUCCGCGUGGAGUCGCUGACCAUGCCGGUUGUCAUGAGGAAAAUGCGGAGGAAAGAUUUGCUCGAUCUUAAGGAAGCAGAAGCUGCCGCUGCUACAGUCGUAGCCACUGCUGAGGCAAAUGAAUGCUGUGUAGGAGAUAUGCCAACUCCCAGGCUAGUGAGGACUAACAGCAAGCGAGUUAAGGUCACCACUAUUGUGGAAUACAAGGAAGAGAAAGAAGGGGGUAGGACGCCAGCCAAGAAAACUUCUCAAAAGGCAUUUAAAACUAAUUCGCUGGCUUCCUUGGCUUCUGCCAUAAAGGGCAAGCAAGGAUCUCUGUCCAGGUCUGCAUGCUUCACUCCAAAUGGGAGAGCCAUUGAGCGAUCAGCUUCCAUGCGGGAGCGCCCGGUGUCCGUCUCCAAGUGCAUCUCAUUGGGCUCUAAAAGAUUUCCACAGAAGGGGCUCUGCAAAAGUGCAUCUGCCUCUGAGAGAUCGCAGGCUAUGACUCUGCGGAGUACAUCCAUGCCCCAUGAAAGAUCAGUUCCGUUUGUCAACAUACCUUUGGCUGAUGGGCAGACUCUCUGCUCAGCUGGGGAUGACCUCCAGAACAUCAAUGUGGAAUUACUGAACGAGGACACUGUCCAGCAUAUUCACACUCUCGUGAGCCAACUGUCAGUCCUUUGUGGGAAAGCAACGGUUAAGUGAAGUUGAUGGAAUCAACAAACAACAUUUUUCGUUCUUGUACCCGAGUAUCCUUGGUAAUUUGUUCCUUACAUUGUUAUGUGUAAAGGGAUCACUGCUUUUUUAAAAAAGUUCAUACAUUGCUUAUUAAAAUUGAUAUUUCUCUA